AGAGAGAAGGAUGCAAGUUCCAAAGAUUAUAGGACCCAAGAGAAUCCCACUAAAUCAAUUGAAAUAGAAAAAGGUUAACACUCAAAAGACACUUUGAAAAAGAAAGUGCAUGUGUUGAAUUGAUAUUUCGAUACCCAUUCGUAACUUGCAUCGGUAGUUUCAGCAACACCACCAUGGCAAAUCCACCUUCGCCAUCGCAAAACUCCACUCAUGGUCGUCAUCGAACUGAUCCAACUAACAACAAUCCUCUCUCUACAUCAUCACCGAAUCCCUCGCCGGUUGGUGUUGUUGAAAAGAAGCAAUCCAUGGAGAAAGAUGAUUGUGGUUUUGAUAUUUGCACCCCCAAACAAAGUGAGGGUAAACAAAGUGAGGGUAAACAAAGUGGACGUCCUGUUGCUUUGAAACCAUCUUUGUUUGCAAAGAACAGAGAAAAAAGGAAGGAAAUGAAACAAAGUAGCAAAGAAAUUGUGGUGUUAAGACCUGGAAUGGUUCAUUUGAAAGGUUACAUUUCCAAAACUGAUCAAGUUAAGAUAGUGAAAAAAUGUAGGGAAUUAGGGUUAGGUGAUGGUGGCUUUUACCAACCUGGUUAUGAAGAUGGGACUAAGUUGCAUUUGAAAAUGAUGUGUCUUGGUAAAAAUUGGGAUCCUCAAACAAGUAAAUAUGUAGAUCAACGACCCUCGGACGGGUCUAUUCCGCCAAAAAUUCCUAAUGAAUUCCUGACCUUGGUUCACUCUGCAUUAGAAGCUUCACGUUCUGUCACUAAACUCUCUAACUCCAAACAUAUUUCCACAUUCUCGCCUGAUAUCUGUAUUGUCAAUUUUUACUCUCAAAAUGGACGACUUGGUCUUCAUCAGGACAAGGAUGAAAGUGAACCAAGUAUUUCUGCAGGGUUGCCCGUGGUGUCAUUCUCUAUUGGAAACUCUGCAGAGUUUUUGUAUGGUGAUGAAAGGGAUGUUGACAAGGCAAAUAAAGUUGUUUUGGAGUCUGGGGAUGUUUUGAUCUUUGGUGGCGAAGCUAGAAAUGUCUUUCACGGCGUUAGUGCUAUUAAGCCAGACACUGCCCCUAGCAGCUUGGUUGAAGAAACUAAUCUCCGGAAACCUGGCCGAUUGAAUCUUACUUUCAGGCAGUAUUAAAUUAAAAUGUUUCUGCAUUUUGACUAUAAGAUUAGUUUGACACCUAUUUCGCCUGUUUUUCAGGGCAGGGCUUGUAAUGCUAUGACAUGCUAAUUUCGUAACCAUUUUGGGUUCUCUGUCUGUAUUAUAAUCUCAGUUGUUUCAAAUGCUAGAAAUGCAUUUUCAGAUUAAUGUU